GAAUUGUCCGUUCCAAAAUAGGUCCCCCGUCGUUCACAGCAGUGGCUGUUGCUAUUAGUUUAUAGUUUCUUCGGUGGAAUAUAAAAUGUCAGGGUUCAGCCCGGAAUUAAUUGAGUAUCUGGAAGGGAAAAUCUCUUUCGAGGAAUUCGAGCGUCGCCGGGAAGAGCGUAAAAACUGCGAGAGAAAGGAAGGAGAAAAUGUACUCACUGAAGAAAAUGCAGAAGACCCCGAUGCUCCCUCUACUUCUGGGCAAGGAUUGUCUACUGAAAUACAGGGACAUAUUGAAGCAGAAGAAGAGAUAUCAGAUGGUGUCAGCAAAUCUGUCCAUCGAGUUUUUGCUUCCAUGAUGGGAGAAAAUGAGGAGGAAGAAGAAGAGGAGGAGGAAGAUGAGGAGAUCUCUGAGCAACCUACAGCUGGGGAUGUUUUUGCACUGGAGAUGGUGCUUAAUAGAGAGACCAAGAAAAUGAUGAAGGAAAAACGCCCACGCAGUAAAUUGCCUCGUGCCUUGAGAGGCCUCAUGGGUGAAGCUAACAUUAGAUUUGCUCGAGGCGAACAUGAAGAAGCCAUUCUAAUGUGCAUGGAGAUCAUAAGACAAGCUCCACUUGCUUAUGAGCCCUUCUCCACUCUUGCUAUGAUUUAUGAAGACCAAGGAGAUAUGGAGAAAUCUUUGCAGUUUGAACUGAUUGCUGCUCACUUAAACCCUAGUGACACGGAAGAGUGGGUCAGGCUAGCUGAAAUGUCACUUGAGCAGGACAAUAUUAAACAGGCUGUCUUUUGCUAUACGAAAGCUCUGAAAUAUGAUGCUACCAACGUGCGUUAUUUGUGGGAGAGAUCAAAUCUCUACAAACAGUUAGGGGAGCACAAACUGGCAAUGGAUGGCUACAGACGCAUUUUAAAUCUUCUGACUCCUUUAGAUGGUGAUCGCUUUAUGCAUUUGGCGAGAGAUAUGGCCAAAAGUUAUUAUGAAGCAAAUGAUAUCACUGCUGCCAUUGAGAUAAUGGAAGAAGCUUUUGCUAAACAUCAAAGCCUUGUAUCCGUGGAAGACGUUAAUAUAGCUGCUGAGCUGUAUAUUUCCAACAAGCAGUAUGAUAAAGCAUUAGCAGUUAUUACAGAUUGUUCAGGAAUUGUACUUGAAAAACAAGAGGCAGAAAAGGAUUCUUCGGCAGAGAAAAAAGAGGCAGUGGAAAAUCAGGAAGAUUCAGAAACAACAACUGAUCAGAAAGGAUUUGUGCCUGGAGCCAAUUCUGCAUCUUCAGAAAAAGUUACAUGCUCUAUACCAGAUGGUGUUCCCAUUGAUAUCACUGUGAAACUCAUGGUGUGUUUGAUUCACAUGAAUAUCUUGGAGCCUCUCAAUUCCCUUUUGACCAUCUUAGUGGAGCAGAAUCCUGAGGAUAUGGGAGAUUUGUAUCUCGAUGUUGCAGAAGCAUUUCUUGAUGUUGGAGAAUACAAUUCAGCCCUCCCACUCCUGAGUUCCCUGGUGUGCUCUGAAAGAUACAAUUUAGCUGUUGUUUGGCUUCGACAUGCAGAAUGCUUAAAAGCAUUGGGCUAUAUAGAACGUGCUGCAGAGAGCUAUGCCAAGGUGGUUGACCUCACCCCUUUGCAUCUGGAUGCGAGGAUCUCUCUCUCUACCCUUCAACAGCAAUUGGGCCGGCCUGAGAAAGCUCUAGAAGCACUUGAGCCCAUGUAUGAUCCAGAUACCCUGGCACAGGAUGCUAAUGCUGCUCAACAAGAAUUAAAAUUGCUGCUUCAUCGAUCAACACUGCUAUACUCUCAGGGCAACAUGUAUGGUUAUGUAGAUUCUUUGCUCACCAUGCUAGCCAUGCUCUUAAAGGUAGCCAUGAACAGAGCUCAGGUAUGUUUAAUAUCUAGCUCAAAAUCUGGAGAAAGACAUCUCUAUCUUAUGAAAGUUUCAAGAGAUAAAAUCUCUGAUAACGACGACCAAGAAACAACAAAGAAAGCAAUAUUUGUGGUGCUUACCAGCGUUCUGACAAGAGAGGAUUGGUGGAGCCUUCUGCUGAAGGCGAUCUAUGCGUUGUGUGACCUUUCGCGAUACAAGGAGGCAGAGCUGCUGGUGGACUCCUCGCUGGAAUAUUACUCAUUCUACGACGAUAGGCAGAAACGCAAAGAACUGGAAUACUUUGGUUUAUCUGCUGCAGUUUUAGACAAGAAUUUUAGAAAAGCUUAUAAUUACAUCAGGACAAUGGUCAUGGAACAUGUCAAUAAGCCUCAGCUUUGGAAUAUCUUUAACCAAAUCACCAUGCAUUCCCAAGAUGUCCGGCACCAUCGCUUCUGCCUGCGAUUACUGCUGAAGAACCCAGACAAUCAUGCGUUAUGGGUUUUAAAUGGCCACAAUGCUUUUGUGUCUGGUUGUUUCAAGCAUGCUCUUGGACAAUAUGUACAAGCUUUCCGUACUAACCCAGAUGAACCCCUUUAUAGUCUUUGCAUAGGCUUGAUUUUCAUCCACAUGGCAUCUCAGAAGUAUGUGUUAAAAAGGCAUGCCCUCAUAAUACAGGGUUUUUCAUUCCUGCAACGGUACCUGAGUCUUCGUGGUUGUUGCCAAGAAUCUUUUUACAACUUAGGACGUGCCCUUCAUCAACUGGGAUUAGUACAUCUUGCUAUUCACUAUUACAAAAAGGCACUGGAACUACCUCCAUUGGUCCUAGAGGGAAUAGAAGCUGACCAGACAGACUUACAAAAAGAUAUUGCUUUCAAUUUGUCACUCAUCUAUCAGAGCAGUGGAAAUAUUCGAAUGGCUCGCAAGCUGCUGUACACAUAUGGAACUGUAUGAGGACAAAGCUAGCAGCUGAAGAACCCUUAGUCAGUGAGGUGAAUUCCUUUCCUUACUUCUAAAGGAAGAGCAGCUCCAUAAACAACUUCUGCUUCUUACUUUUCAUGGGGAGACUUGGAAGAGACUGAUGGAAGAACUGUCAAAACAGAGAGACCAUGAACUGAUUGCAGCCUUUUGGUUAUGUAAUUCAACACUCUGAUUCUCUGAAAACUGAAUGGGGAAUAAUAGAAGACGACUAAGAAAUUCCUUGAUAGAGUUGGAGGUUGAGCUGCCUUCCUCUGUGAAACUUAACCUAACCCUACAACCUGUAUUGUAUGUUUUGAAUGUGUAAACUUUGGAAUUUAUACUUACAGGAACCAAGAACAUUCAGAGCUUUCUGAUAUACAAAACUUACACUAGCAAAAGUAUGGCUGUUACUUUACCUUUACAAAACCCAAUGUUUAGGCCGAGGUUGGGAUUUUCAUGUCUCUCGUUCUGUUAGAGUAGACAAAUGGCAAAUUUACAGGAAUGGCAAAUGCAUAGCAACGCCUGCUUCUUCACUGGGAAGAAGUGAACACCCAAACUGUUAGGUGUAUUUUUCUUAUUUAAAAAGGAUAGAGAAGAGAAAGUAUCUUUUACUGUUUUCUGGAGAGUUCGAUGUUAAUUUCGGGAUAUGAUAAAAAUGAAACAAAGGCCAAAUUCAACUUCUUUAGACCACAUUCUAGUUCUUUACUUUUGACAACCCAUAGAAAAUGAAUUCAUUAUAAAGAUGUGGCAAGGUCUAAUUUACCUAUUCUCUAUGUCAUAUUAUAUUCCCUUUCCUAAGAAAAAUAAACUGUAUU